UUUUUUUUUUUUGUAUACUUAGUUAGUUGUUUUCUUGAUUAAAAGUUUCAUUCUUAAAUUCUAAUUGUACCAUUAUGUUCUAAUAGGAGGUUUUUAGCAACUCAAGUAUACUGGCCAGCGGAAAAGAACUGUUUUUAAUUUCGCGUUUUCAAUAAGCAGGUAACGAAACAUAAUGGUCAAUGUGCAGUUUUGGGCAGUGGUAUCAAUCUCAUAUAAUUAGAUUCCUGAUUUGACUAUAUGUUCUUGAAUUUGUUAUUUUCUACUAUUUUCUGCAUGUCUGGGAGUGGUUGUUUUACCCUUUUGUCCCUUUUUUAUGGAUAUUUUGUUUAAAUUCAUUGAGCUAUUUACUGAACUACAAUCUUCUCAUUUAUUUAUGCUAAAGCUUUCUUCUCAUUAUAAUGUUAGUUCAGUUACGUGAUUAUUGUUCUCUUGUGUUGCUCAGUUAGUAAUAAUGGUAGAUUUAAAAUAUCCCUCUUUGCUAAAUAAUUAGUUAAAAUUAUGUGAAGCUUUUUUAGUAUGUUUUGUUACACAUGAAUUAACUUUGGGAACAAAUUUGAAUAUAGGGUGAUAGAGCUCUUCCCCCAAAUUUUGUUUCAACUCAUGGGGAAUGAUUGGGGCCAAUGUUCUAUGUCAUUGACGAGUUAAAUAAUUGUUUAGUGCUGGAGGUGGUAAGAAAGAAUGAUCAGUUGCUCAUAACUGACUCCUCAUUUGAACAGAUUAGAACUUUCUAUUUUAUCGAUAGAGGCAUCUGUUCAAUUUAGGUAUGUCGAUUUUGGCAUUUUUUUUAUUUCAUUGUGGGAUAAGGAUAACCAACCCAUCCGAGUUCACCUUGAUCCUGACUUCUAUGUUCCUGAGCUAAUGGACCCAGAGACACUUGAUAAUGUAUCAAGAGUGUUCCACAUAAAGUACACCAAGAUGGAUGAGGACUCAUCAGUUGAUGUGAUUGUUCUCUUCGGGUCUGGACCAUCGGAUGAUCAGUUUUCAUCAGAUGCUGAUGAAGACAAUGAUCAAGGUGGGGCACUGGUAGGGGAUAAUCUCAAUGAUCCAAUAGAUUUGUCUAGUGGAAGUAGUUUAUCAUUGGAGGUUAAUGAACAAAGUCAUGCGGCAAACGAGUUGGUUGAUCCUAGAUACUCUCCAGAGGUUUCUUAUGAAAAGAAAAUCACAGCUUCGGAUGUUGCACAACCUAGAUUGUAUUUGGCUUCAAAAUUCGCUGCGUAUCUUAAACUGUGUGAAGAUGGCUCAAUUUGGACAAUCACUGGUCCAGAUUCCAAUGUAGAGAAUAAUGUCUUCUUCUUCCAGUUACUGAAAAGUGGAGAAAGAGGUGGAGAAUGAAAAUUUGGAGUUGGGUGGAGGGAAUGUUGUAGAAUAUACAACUUAAAGGAGGGUGAUAUCAUUACUUUGAAACUCGGCUCGAUAGUUAGACGGCAGAUAGAGUUAUCGAUCCAGCGACAUUAGACUUCCUAUGUAUAACUCUAUUUGAUGGAUAUUUUGAAUUAUAUGUUAAUUUGUCUUGGACAUAUUUUAUCUUUUGUUUGAUGAACAAAUUUAUAUAUGUUGUAUAUAUUUUGUUUUGUUAUCAGUAGGUAUCUUGACAUUAUGUGUUUCUAAGAUAAUACAUAAUAGUAAACUACA